AGCACCAAGUCCUAGCACGAUGUUCGAGAAAUCGCUUUAUGACCUUAUCAAAGGUCUCAGAAACCACAGAGGGACAGAGGAUGAAUAUAUACAAGAUAGUCUGCGAGAGUGUAAGGCUGAGAUCAAGUCGCAAGACAUGGAUAAAAAGGCCACUGCACUCUUAAAAUUGGUUUAUCUGGAAAUGUUUGGAUACGAUAUGUCGUGGGCUUCUUUUCACGUUUUAGAAGUGAUGUCGUCUGCAAAGUAUCUUCAGAAACGAGCAGGGUACCUUGGAGCAGAGCAGAGCUUUAGGCCAGACACAGAGGUACUAAUGUUGGCGACGAAUCUUUUAAAGAAGGACCUGGUAUCUCACAGUAUCCCCAAUAUGUCACUCCCACUGAUCACACUACCAACAAUUGCCACGACAUCCCUCGCCAUGUCUUUACUUCCGGACGUCUUGUCCCGGAUCUCUCACUCUCAUGCUGUGGUUCGGAAGAAGGCUGUUAUAUGUCUCUAUAGGCUAACCUUGGCUUACCCGGACGCACUAAAACUAGCAUGGCCAAAGAUUAAAGAAAGGCUCAUGGAUGACGAAGAGGACACUAGUGUCACCACAGCAGUGCUUAACGUUGUAUGCGAAUUGGGAUGGCGAAGACCUCAUGAUUUCCUCCCUCUUGCACCAAGGUUUUUCGAGUUACUGGUGGAUGGAGGCAAUAAUUGGAUGGCCAUAAAAAUAAUUAAGCUUUUUGCGACUUUGACCCCACUCGAACCACGCUUAGUCCGAAAGCUGCAUCGUCCAUUAGUUAAUAUUAUUCAAACAACUACGGCAAUGUCAUUGCUUUAUGAGUGCAUUAAUGGGCUGAUCCAGGGCGGUAUACUUGAUGGUGAAGCGGGAAUCGAAGAGAAGGAUGAAAUUGCAAACUUAUGUGUCGGUAAACUGCGGGGAAUGGUGGUUUCUGACUCGGAUCCAAACCUCAAAUACGUGGCGCUCCUGGCAUUCAAUAGGAUUGUGGUCACUUACCCUGCGUUGGUGUCAAUGCACCAAGAUGUGAUUAUGUAUUGCUUAGAUGAUGCUGACAUAUCAAUCCGCCUACAAGCUCUUGAGCUCGCAACAAGAAUGGUCACGAGUGAUACCUUGCAGUCAAUUGUUAGUCAGUUGAUCUCCCAGCUCACGAAUUCCCGACCAUUGCAGAAGGGAAGGCACCUUGAAAUUGAAGAUGGGCGCUUCGAAUGGGGGGAUUAUGAGUUGCGAAAAGAUGCAACAAAUAAGGCGCCAUUUGCAUUGCCAAGUGACUAUCAGGCUCAAGUCCUGCAUCGCAUCAUAGACAUAUGCUCUUUUGAUAAUUACUCAAACCUAUCAGACUUUGAAUGGUAUGUCGAUGUCUUGAUACGUUUAGUGAAACUUCUUCCGGCAGACAUCGAAGAUACUUCUUUUCUACAUGCCCCACACUAUGAGCGUGAAACCCAAGAUGGAAAUCAUAUAACCGGCCGAAUUGGUUCAGAGAUUCGCAACAUUGCUGUCCGUGUUCGAGACGUCCGGAUGGAAGCGACUAGGGCAGCGGAGUCAUUGAUCCUAAUUGACAACAGGCAAGCCCUACAUUCCGGUGUACCAGCCUCGAGUAAUAGUUAUUUAGGGCCUCUGGCAUGGGUUGUCGGUGAAUAUGCUGGAUACCUUGUGUCACCCGGACAAACUCUUCACUCAUUGAUUGAUUUGUCUAAUGUGUCAUUACCAGGGCAAACUCUUUCCCUCUAUGUGCAGGCCAUUCCAAAGGUUUUUAUCCAUAUCGUUCGCGAUAGCGAUCAGCAAUGGGGCUCUAGCAGGAGAAGUGAAAUUGCACUCAUUCUGGUGCGGGCUACUGAGUUCUUAGAAGCCCUGGGGUCACAUCCAGAUCUAGAUGUGCAAGAAAGGGCCAUUGAGUUUUUAGAGAUCAUGCGAUUAGCAGCGGACGCCGCACGUUCAACAGGUCUUGGAUCCUGUGACGCCCCUUUCCUAUUGGCCUCGGUGAUCCCUAGUCUCUUCGAUGGGCUUGAAUUAAACCCGGUUUCUGUUAACGCCCAAAAGAAAGUCCAAUCUCCAGAGCUGCUGCGACUGCAACAAGCAUUCAACAACGGUCUCUGGGAACUCUUCGACCAUAAUCCUGGACAUUCCCUUGUGGAAAGCAAGCUGCCGUUCCAUGAUUUCUAUUACAAUCGAGAGGCGUCCGUGCUAGAUAAGCAGGUCGUUGAGUGUGUCUCAGAUGACAUGCAUUUGACUUCAGCUUUUCGAAAUACUGGAAAUGAUCUUGAAGAUUCGGCUGCUUCUGUGAAGCGCAAAGUGGAUCAAAAAGAACGCAGUCGAGAUGAUCCAUUUUACAUCGGGGCUGAUGAUACAUGGACAGGGAUAUCUCAGACGCAUCGGCUCCCAUUGCACGUCUCGAAUGAUGGCGAGCUAGAUAUUGACUCCAUCCCAAUUAUUGAUCUCAGGUUGAAUGAAACGAGAGACCAACGGAGUGAACGCAUACCAGCUCCCAUACCUAGUGAAAAUCGGUCAAGGGUCGGAUCACACCUUAAAAAAUACCACGUAAUCCCAGAUGAAAUGAUUGGGCACGAGGGAAUGGAUACUGAAGACACAGGGACCCUUAUCAAAUCGAGCCGGUCGCUCCUUUUGGUAGAUUCGAGCGGUCUACAGCGCCUUUCUUUGAGGGAAGAUAAUAUGUCACCGCCAACCCCCAAGAACGUUGCCGGAGUUGAGGAAGAUGUGGAAAUGGCUAAGGCCAUGCGACAAGUAGAGAAAGUUCGAUUGGAAAUGCAGAGGGAGUCGGAAAGAGUUCAUCCAACAGGAAUCCCCUCAGAGGGUACGUUGGUCAAGAAGAAGAAACGGGUAAAAAAGGUUCUGGUCACUGGAACGCGAGAGAAUGAAGAAAAACAACUCUCAACUGCAGAUGGGAAUGGCCAGCGCAAACCGAAAAAGAAGAGGGGCAGGAAACAAUAGGUCUUCAUAUGCCCUUGACAAGUGAAUAUCGAUAUCUAGUAAAGACAAUGAAAUAGGUAGUUGGU